GCGCCGGGGCGCGGGGCGCGGAGCCAUGGAGCGGGGCGGGGGCGUCGACAAUCCCGCCUUCGUGCCCUGCAGCCCGGGCCCCAAGCGCGCCCCGCGUCCCGACCCCGCGGGGGCGGCGGGGGCGGCGUCGGCGGGGGCGGCGGAGGUCCGCUCCUCCCGCUCCUCCCGCUCCUCCCGCUCCUCCCGCUCCUCCCGCUCCUCCCGCUCGCAGUGGGAGGAAGGUCCGUGCGGCUGGGGCCGCUUCUCCCCCGCGCCGCUGCAGCUCUGCAACAACCCCCGCGGCUACCUGCUCCACUACAGCCUGCUGGCCCUCGUCCAAGGAAUUGUGGUAAAUGGACUGGUUAAUAUUAGCAUUUCCACCAUUGAGAAGCGGUAUGAACUGAACAGUUCCCUGACUGGCCUCGUGUCUUCAAGCUACGACAUUGCGUUCUGUGUGCUGUCACUCUUCGUGUCCUUCUACGGAGAAAGAGGGCACAAACCAAGAUGGCUGGCAUUUUCAUCCUUUAUGAUAGGCCUGGGAUCGCUUGUAUUUUGUUUGCCGCAUUUUACGACCGGAGCGUAUGAGUAUGGGUCGAAAUUUGAAGAUACCUGUCCAGCCCCGGUAAAUAGCAGCAGCCAGAAUAAGUGUUCAGGCAGCAUCACUUCGUCACUUUCUAACUACCUGUACGUCUUCGUCUUGGGGCAGCUGCUGCUGGGGGUGGGAGGGACUCCACUCUACACGCUCGGCACGGCCUUCAUCGAUGACAGCGUGGCCGUUCACAAGUCCUCCCUCUACAUAGGAAUCGGCUACGCCAUGUCGAUCCUGGGUCCAGCGAUUGGCUAUGUACUGGGAGGACAGCUGCUCACCCUGAAUAUUGAUAUCAAUAGAAGUACAAGAACUGACAUUAACGAGGAUGAUCCCCGUUGGCUGGGGGCAUGGUGGAUAGGCUUUCUUUUGUCCUGGAUGUUGGCCUGGUCUCUGAUUGUGCCCUUUUCUUGCUUCCCCAAGCAUUUACCAGGUACGGCGAUGAUUCAGGCUGCCAAAGUUUCUCAGACCCAUCAGGACAAAAGUAUCACCGUGGUUUCAGAUGAGAAUUUUGGGGAGAGUUUUAAAGAUUUUCCAGUGGCUCUUCUGAUCCUGCUGAAAAAUCCUGUGUUCAUGUGCUUAAUUAUAUCCACUACCUCAGAAGCCUUAAUUACUACUGGAUUUGCUACGUUUUUACCCAAAUUUAUAGAAAACCAAUUUGGAAAGUCAUCCAGCACUGCUGCCACUCUUGGAGGGCUUGUUUUAAUUCCAGGAGCAGCUCUUGGGCAAGUUAUGGGUGGUGCCAUCGCCUCCAAGAGCAAAAUGAACUGUCAGAAUGUGAUGAAAUUUGCGCUGGCUUCCUCGGCAGUAUCACUUCUGUUGAGUUUUGUUUUUCUUUUCGCUAAAUGUGGAAACGAGCCAUUUGCCGGUGUCUCUGAAGCGUAUAAUGGAACAGGAAAGCUGGGAAAGCUGGAAGCCCCGUGCAAUGCUAACUGCAGCUGCCUUCGCUCCUUUUACUAUCCCGUCUGUGGGAAAGAUGAUGUUCAGUAUUUCUCUCCGUGUAUGGCAGGCUGCACCAAGCAGAUAACGAGCAAUCACCAAAGGAUGUAUUAUAACUGCUCCUGUAUUGGAGAAGCAGAUCCCGUGUUAGAGAUGGCAGGAAAUAAAGCCUAUGAAGCUAAAACUGGGAAAUGUGAAACGAAAUGCAAGAAUUUGCCAAUAUUCCUUGGCUUUUUCUUUUUUACUGUAGUUUUUACCUUUAUGGCUGCUACUCCAAUUACUGUGGCCGUCCUCAGGUGUGUGCCUGACAAACAACGUUCUUUUGCCCUGGGUGUGCAGUUUGUGUUUCUACGACUGUUGGGCACCAUUCCCGGACCAAUUCUCUUUGGAGCAGCGAUAGACAGUUCUUGCACACUGUGGGACUUGAAUAACUGUGGAGUGAGAGGAGCUUGCUGGAUUUAUGACAAUACCAAGAUGGCCUACAUGCUGAUAGGAAUAAGUGCUGCUUGUAAAGUGAUCACGCUCUGUUUCAACGGACUCGCCCUCUUCGUGUACAGACCCCCGCCCGAAAAAGACAACACGGAGGCUUCCUAGCCAGGAGAAGUCCAUCCCACCGAAGCUACAAGUCAAGAGCAACCACCUACAGGAUGAAGGCGAAACCGUGUAAGGUGUUUUGCAAGAUGGAUGUGGGAGCAGGGCACAUUGCCGUUAUCAACAGGAAUGAAAGAUUUCGAUAUUGCAGGGGGAAGUUUUAUACUUAGCAGUUGGAUAGGUUCUUCAGAUUUUUAAGGGACAUACUGUUUUUCAUUCAAAUAUAAGGAGCCAAACGGAG